GAUAGCAAGAGGGUCCGCACAGCAUUGAAAACCACGUAAAUCGUCCAGGCUGGAGCUCGCUUUUGUAGGCGUCAUAUUUCAGGCAGGAAGCUCACCCUCCGUUGCUUUCGGGAAAGCAUUCGUUGUUUUCAAGUUUCACUAAACAGCACCAUGUGGAAAAUUGCGCCCUCAAGCCUCUUCUUGACUUUCGCUAUUGCACUUCACGGAUGUCAUGCAUCGAAGGGAAGACAGGGGUCUCCGAUGGUGUGCGCCAAUGACUCAAGCUGCUCAAACGGGCAACUUUGCGUGACCCAUUACAAAUACCUCCAAGGCCAGGCGUGCACCGAGGAUAAAUUCUGUAUUGACGUCUCGACCAGCACAUGCUCGUGCUUAUCAGGUUAUACCUGCCGUAAGAAGAACUGCCCCUCAUCGCCAUUUGAAUGUAUUCUGGCUGAAGACCAGGUCAGCAGAUGUGAGGGACCAAACAGUUUCGUGUGCCCCCAGAACGAAUACUGCGCUUACCGGUUUCAGGACCUAUAUUGCUACACAUGCCCCUGCUAUGAUGCCUACAACACUACAUGCGUGAAGGACAAGUGUGGAGCUGGCAGCCUCGCCAUAAUUACGUCCAGGAGCUACACGUGCGAUGGAUGUGCAUCGGCGGUAUCUGUUCUCACCGGCAUUAGGGAAAAACGCACGGGAUGAACCUGUACAAGCCCGUGCUAUGAGCUUAGUAAAUGAAUAAACUGGUAUAAAGAAUGUUCGCGACA